AGUGUUCCGCAUUUACCUAGCUGUCACCUGUGCUGGGACAACUCUGCAUUUACCCAGUCUCGGUCCAAAUAGCCUCAGCCAAUCUCACCUAGAUACCUGUUACAUGUGUAGGGAGAAGCGUUUUUGAUAGCCUUAAACUUCCAGGCACGGACAAGGACAUCGGUUUCCGGGACGUCAUGGCUCACCGAGGACGUUCAACCCCCGUACAGACCACGAGAAACAGGGUUGACAUCGUUGGUGACGGGAACACCGUGAUGAAAUUUGAGGGCGGACAGCCAUAUGUUAACGUCGGGACUGCGCAGGGAUUUCUUGAACAAGGAUCCAACGACCGAUGGUCAUAUGAGACAUUUAGUAACGAUGUCACCGGUUUCAUCAUUGACUUGUCCUCAACCACAGGGUCCAUUCGCCAUUCAGUCGAACACCGCGUACGAAAAGAAUACUUACCAAAAUUUCUAUUGAACAUGAAACGAGAUUCUUCGAAGAAAUUUUCAGAAUGCAGGCGUGUAUUGACAGAGGUUAGCAGCCAAGAUAAGAUCCCGUCAAUCGCAAAAGCUAGUCUGAAACUGCUCAAAGAGCUUCUUCUGUCCGAUCCUAUCAAGGACGAAACCGCAGAAAAGCUCCUGAAUCACGAAGAAAUGUUUCGCAAAAGUUUGAAAGCCCAGGCGUUCGAUCAGCAAGAUCAGAUUGAACAACAGCUCCGAGUGGAGACAUAUGCGUUGUUGUUGUCAUGCAUCAGCCUCCACUGCUGCAAGGGAACUUUGAACCCAUCAAACAAUCCCUUCCGGGAGCCUCUGACAUGCGUGCGCGAGUCCCUAAAAACCAUCAGAAGUGACACGCAUGCUCUGAAAUCAGCCGUCUUCUUUGCUCUCGAAGCCAUUUCUCGGCUCAUAGAUUCUGACGAAAAGAAGUCUAAGGCACUGUCCACAAAACUCUCGAAGUUCUUAGCAUUUGUCGAGGGCGAGGCUAAAAAGCAGGACCCCUUAACGGACAAGUUGAUGAAGAAGGUGACUAAGUACGUCAACAGUGCCAGCAGUUACGACGAAGAACUGGCCCUCAUCUACCUGUGCGUGUUGGCACGAACAACUCCGGGUGGCCUGGUGUGCCUCCAGCUGCUCGCUGAAUGCCGAAUUCACCGCAUGGAGACGGAAAGGAAGAAGUUGAAGUUCAUGAGAAGCGCCCAGCACGAGCCCAGCUGGUCCGUUCUCUAUCGGAUCGCCUGGUACAUGGUUCGACUGGCAAAGGAUGUGGACACUCCGAAAGGAAUCCGUAUUCAAGCCGUGAAAGCUGACAGCCCCAUGUCCCUGGGUUCCUUUUGGACCAACCCAGAUCUGAAGAAGAUCGACGGUUUCCAGACGGCCAGUUCCCUCAUCAUGGCGAUGUGUGAGGAGCUCAUCUACUCGGACAUCCCCGAGAUCGCUCAAGCAGUGACCAGGCCCCUUCUGGUCAGGGGAGGCGCGAUUGACCACACCAAGCUCAUAGACCGAGUGCUCCCCAAACACCUUGCAUACUACCACCGAAAUGAAGACCUUGAGCUGUUUGAAGACCUGCUCCACCACUGCGACAACAGUAUCAUCUACCAGGGUGUCAUGGGUGGCAAACAGAAUCACGUCGCUGUUAAAGUUGCCAGGGUUCAAAACCUGGAGAGCUUCCAUGCCACUAGCACGCCAGCUUGCGAAAGGAUUCAAGAUGAAAUCAAAGUCCUCAGACGGUUGAAGCAGCAUCCCAAUAUCGUCAGCCUGCUGGGCUUCAGUGUGCAAUCUCCCGUUCACUACGUCAUGGGUCUGACGACUCACGGCAAUCUCCUGGACUACCUCCGUAAACACAGGAGCCCGGUGCUGCCGCCUCAACAACUGUUCCACAUAGCGAUACAAAUCCUCCGGGCUCUGGUGUUCCUGCACGCAGACAAAACAGUACACCGUAUGGUCAUGGCCAGGAAUGUCCUGGUGACCAUGGAGGAGGGUGUGCUGUGCUGCAAACUGAGCGGAUUCUGCGGGGCGAGGAGGGCAAGGGAGUCCAAGCCAUAUGUCGUCCAAGAUCGUCUGACAUACUUUAAAGGAUCUUUGAAUGAAAAGAUGCCCCUGAGGUUCCUUGCGCCGGAGUCUCUGGCGUCCCAGUGGUUCUCCGCCAAGAGUGACAUGUGGUCGUUCGGAGUGUUCCUGUACGAGCUGUUCACAUGCGGGGCCGUGCCGUACCAGGAGUUCAGCUGCAUGUCAACUGAGGACCUGCUGUUUCGGAUCGUCCGGAAGGGUCUCCGAAUGAAGCAGCCCCGCUGCGUGCCCACCAGCGUCUUCAAACUGAUGAAAGACCUCCUGAAGGUGGAUGAGUUAGACAGGCCGGCAGCAGACCUGGUACAAGAUCAGAUGGAACAACUUCAACCGAAGUACAGCAGUUCGGACGAUGACUGGAGACCAUACCUGCCACCAGUCGCAGACGUUGUUGAUGCCUACUCUUGUCAGGAGAUCCCAGAGACACUGUUAAAACGUUUGAAGGAUCCGGAUGCCAGCAGCAGUGACAGGACAAGCAUGGCCGACAAUUCGCUACAGGAAUGCUACGAUGAUCUGUUCCAUGACUCUGCCGACAGACCAACGGCAACGGUCCACAGGGAGGAAACGCUGACAUUGGAAAAAGUACCAAAGGCACGUGCUUCCGUGGAAACAUACCGAGAAAUCGGACCUGCUACCAAGGAGUGUGAACACCUGACGGCCAUAAAACGUCUGAAGGAUCCUGCGCGGAGUGGGGAGGAGUUUGCCUGUCUGUACACCGUGAGGCCCUCGGCCGGGAACCUCCGUGACUACCUGGCCAGUAAGAGCUGCAGCAGCCCGUCUCAGCUGCAGGAUUUCUGCAGGGGUAUAACUCUGGCUCUGCAGUGUCUUCACGAGAAGGAUGUCGUCCACAGAGACCUGAGGCUUGAAUACGUUUUCGUGGAAAACGAAGAUGGCCAACCUAAGGUAAUGCUGGGCCGUUUUGGCCGGAUCAAGAAGCUGCUCCAAGGCCCUUACGACCAGGACGUGUCGGAGAGCUACUUUGAAUACGGGCGUCCUGGACCAGUCGAUGCCAGUAGAUGGUCCCCUCCUGAAGUCCUACACUUCGGCCUGUACUCCUUAUGGAGCGACAUCUUCAGUUUGGGCACGGUGUUUCAAGAGCUGUGGCAGGCGUUCGAUGCACCCAUUGGAGCUCCUCCUCACCUGACUGUGCCUUACCAGGGGAUGAAGGCUGCCGAGAUCAAGGAUUUCCUCGACAAGAACAUGCCACUGGAACAGUCCCCCAGCUGCCCUGACUGGAUGUUCAAGCUGAUUCAGAAGUGCCGGGCCUAUCACAACGUGGACAGACCCACGCUGAAUGAAAUUUUGCGUGUUUUGGAGACUAGCGAAGUUCCCAAGGAAUGGCAGGAGGACCCGUCCAUGUAUGAUUAUUACGCUCUAGUGCAACUGUUUGGACGAGAUCAAGAAUCCCUCUUUGACGAUUCUGACCCUGACGUGUACGAAGAAGUCGGUAUCAACAAGGAUCAAGGCGCUACGUGCUCCUCUCCGGAACCCACGUACAUGAACCUGCCCUUCUCGGGGCAGCAGGGAACAACAGACGGCCUGGAGGCUUCAGCCGACUCGGAGGAGGAGGACGGUGGUACGGGGGAGGAAGAGGGGGUGCUGCAGGCAGCUGCUAUCUGGGCCGAACAACCGGUCCAGAUGAGAAGUAAAGCGAAAAAUAACCGAAGGAGAACCCGAUAUAGCAUGUGCCACCCUUAGAUAUUUAGUUAGUGCUUCUGUGUUGACGGCCACUCCACAGAUUAAGGCAUGUCCACA